AUGUCGAGCGCCGUCUACCGUUCUCCCUUCCCCGACGUGGCACUUCUCGAGGUUGAUCUGAUUUCGUACCUGUUUUCCAACCCGUACAACGUCUCCCGCGACCACAAGGUUUUUAUAGAUGCAGUUUCUGGGCGGUUUUACACCUAUGACGACGUGCUUCAUCGCACCAAGUCGUUAGCAUCCGGUCUUCAGCAGCUAGGAGUUCAACCAGGCGACGUUGUUGCUAUAAUGAGCCCUAACUCCAUUGACUACCCCAUCAUGUGCUACGGUAUUAUUGGAGCUGGCGCGAUAGUCUCUCCGUCUAAUGCCGCGUAUACGCGUCAAGAGGUCUAUCACCAAUUGCAAACAACUGGGGCCAAGUAUCUGAUGGCCCACUCCUCUUUGGUCGAAGUCGCAACAGACGCCGCCAAGGGGACCUCAGUCCAAAAGAUAAUUAUACAGGCUGCCAACCCUUCUAUCCAAGAUAGUAGAACGACCCCUACUAUUGAGGACAUGAUGACUCAAAAGCCAACACGGGAUCUGAUCACCAUUUCGACGGCGUUGUUAGAUCAACGACCUGCAUUUAUAUGCUUCUCAUCGGGAACGACAGGACCGGCUAAAGGAGUUAUUACAACGCAUAGGAACAUUGUGUCAAAUCUUCAGCAAUGGAAUGAGCACUACUACCACGGGGAAGUCAAGCCGCCUACCGCUAGCGUCGCCUUCUUGCCCUUUUGCCAUAUUUACGGUAUCAACUACUUUGUCUGCGGUGCAAUUCUUCGGGGAAUGAUGACGGCCGUUAUGGCAAGAUUCGACCUAGACGUCUACCUAAACUGCAUUCAGACAGUUAAGCCAGAGGAACUAGCUAUGGUGCCACCGGUCAUCCUCCUACUUGUGAAGGAUCCCCGCGUUGAAAAGUACAACCUUAGCAGCGUAAGGAAGAUCCUAUCGGCAGCAGCACCUCUAAGUCGAGAGCUGGCUGAAGCCCUCGAGGCCCGCUUUCAGAAGCUAUAUGGGACGACCGUCUAUUGUCAUCAGUCCUGGGGCCUAACGGAGACGAGCCCUCUUGCCACUGGGGUUCCCCCAGAGCGAAUGCCUGAUAAAAGGCAUACUGUUGGCUGUAUCUCUCCGAAUAUGCAAUUUCGUUUCAUUGAUCCUGAGACCAUGCAAGAUGUGGACAUGACGAUUAAGGAUGGCCAGCUUCCAUUAGCAGAGAUUGUGUGUCAAGGACCAAAUGUAACAAAUGGGUAUUUUGGAAACGAAUCAGCCACGAAAGCUCUUUUUUAUGUCGACAGCAAUGGAGAGAAGUGGAUGAGAACGGGCGAUAUUGCUACUAUUGAUCAUGACGGUUACAUUACAAUCCAUGACCGCAUCAAGGAGAUUAUCAAAUACAAAGGUCUCCAGGUUAUUCCUAGCGAACUUGAGGGAAGACUACUAGAGCAUCCUGAUGUUGAGGACUGUGGUGUCACUUAUGUUGAAGGCCAAGCAACAGAAUUGCCGCUUGCAUUCGUUGUUCUCACUCUACAAGCCCGGUCACAGCCACUGAAUACUGUGGCCGCGAACCUGGACCGCUGGAUUACUCAACGCGUUGCAAACCACAAGCGGCUCCGGGGGGGAAUCCGGUUUAUCGAAGCCAUCCCUAAAAGUCCCAGUGGAAAGAUUCUGAGGAGGAAACUCAAGGAAUUGGUGACGCACGACGGCACAGCCUCGAAGCUAUGA